AGUCUAAUAAAUCUUAACAUGAUUGCAAAACCUAUUUUAACGCUUCCCAGUGGUCAAAAAAUGCCAGGAAUUGGAGUAGGUACCUUUGAUCGAUAGUUCCCGUCGUAAUUAAAUUUUGACAUGGCAGCAAAAAUCAAUUUAACGCUUCCAAGUGGUCAAAAAAUGCCAGGACUUGGACUAGGAACAUUUGAUACAAACGAAGAAACGGGAGCAGCUGUCAACGCAGCCCUGGAACUUGGUUAUCGUCACAUAGACACUGCUUUCGUCUACGACAGCGAGAACGAUAUUGGACGAGUACUAAAGGAAUGGAUAUCUUCCGGCAAGCUCAAAAGAGAAGAUUUAUUCAUUACUACAAAACUGCCAAUGGUUGGAGUCCAUCCAGAUCGCGUAGAGAUAUUUAUCAAAAAAUCCCUAAAAAGUCUACAGCUGGAUUAUGUAGAUUUAUAUUUGAUCCAUUUCCCUGUUGGUUGUAAAGUUAAAGAAGGAACUGGACAGCCUUACCUUGACGAAAAUGGUGAAACCGCUGUUGAACCAAAAACAGAUCAUGUGGCGCUUUGGAAGAAAAUGGAAGAGCAAGUUGAUGCGGGACGCACCAAAAAUAUAGGUUUGUCAAAUUACAACAUAUCCCAAAUCACUACAGUUCUCAAAUCCGCAAGAAUCAAACCAGCCUGUUUACAAAUAGAACUUCACGUAUACCUACAACAAUCCGAACUCGUAGAAUUUUGCAAAAAGAACGGAAUUGCAGUUGUUGCUUUUAGUCCUUUGGUUAGCCCAAGUUUCAACGAUUUUUUAACGCGAAUAGGACAGAAGCCCAAAGAACUGCCCAACCUCUUGGGCGACCCAGAAGUGGCCAAAAUUGCACAAAAACAUUCAAAGUCUCCGGCACAAAUCGUUUUGAGGUUUCUUGUACAAAUAGGUGUAGCACCAAUACCAAAAAGUGUAAUACGGCAGCAACUUGAAGACAAUAUCAACAUUUUUAAUUUUAAUUUGGACGAGACAGAUAUGAAGAUUUUGCGUGGACUAAAUAAAGGGGAAGCGGGACGGAUAGCUACAUUUGAUUUAUUUAAAGGAGUUGACAAACACCCAGACUUUCCGUUUCCAAAAGCGUGAGAUUGCUAGGUACAGCAAAUAGUUACUUAGUAUGUUGUGUAUUAGUCACACUGCUGAUAUUCAAUACAUAUAUAUUUUUGGUAA